AUGCUGGUGUCCCUGACAGUUGGGAAGGUUGAUGCAGGCGUCGCAGUCCUCCUAACACAAGAUAACCGGCUUAUUGAAUUCCCUUCUGUCCUCCUUCCUAGCGACAUCGCAUCCGGGAGCAUUGUCGACAUCACUGUAUCACGAAAUAUAGCUGCUGAGGUUUCCAGCGCAUCAGCGUUCCAAUCCCUUCAAAAACGCAUCCUUCACACUUAUGGCAUCAACGCGCCUUCGCCUCCUGUCCUACGGCUUAAGAAUGCAACCCAAACGUCACUGGUCCUGGAGUGGGAUCCGAUCAAUUUGGCCACGGCGUCCCUCAAGUCCCUUUCGUUAUACCGCAAUGAUUCCAAAGCGGGUUCAAUACCUCGACCGCUAGAAAUGCGCAGUACCAAAAUCAGCGGUCUUGCGAUUGAUACGGAAUACACUUUCCAUCUCGUCUUGCGCACCUCCGCGGGCGUUUUCAGCUCCCAAAAGCUGGUGUGCCGAACACACAAGAUGACCGAUCUGUCUGGAAUAACGGUCACGCCGGGCGUCAUGCCGCCGGAGAUGAGAGCUUCCCUCGAGAGCGCGAUCGAGCGAAUCGGUGCUAAGAUGGUGGAGACGAUACAAAUAGACACCACGCACUUCGUGUGUGUAGAAAAGCGAGGUACGGGGUGGGAGAAGGCAGUAGAAAUGAACAUCCCGGUCGUGCGACCAGAGUGGGUGGAUGGGUGCGAGCGAGAAGGCACCAUCGUUAGUGUGCGCGGGUACUAUUUAGACGCAGAUCCCAAAUUGAGGCAAAUUGGACCCGGGGUCGGUGCACAUCAGAACCGCCAACAUGCCAUUUUGAAUUCUAGCGCGUCGAGUACAAAGGGUCAAAACCGUGGGAGUAUAUCGCAGCUGCCAUCUCACCUCAAGACAGAGAACCACGAACCCCCAAUCACUCCUUUCCCCGGCGGUCCCCAGAAGAGGAUAAUAAAUGGGCCCGACUCAGAUGAUGAGCCUGAAUCUCCACCACCUGCUCCUCCUAAAGACGACAAACACAGAGGGCCCAGCCCCGAGUCACGACGCACUGCCGACAGCGAUGCACCUAGUGCCAAUGAGGAGAUCCAAGAGAACGGCACUAAUAAUGCAGCCACAAAUGGAAAUGCUGCACCCAAGUCCCCAGCGCCGCGUUCUCCUGAGCCGCAGUCAGACUCGGAUCAAGGAAAACCUCCCGAAAGUCCCAGCGAUGAACCCGGCCCACUCCACGAUACAGACGCCAAACCAAAAAGGAACGCGAAUGGGUCAGAGGAAGGAGAAAUGGAUGAAGUUCCAUUAUAA